AUGUCCACUGAAGAAACGGAGAAAACAACUGAUGCGAGUGGUGGUGAUGACGAGGAGGAAUGGCUUUACGGAGAUGAUAUUAUGGGGGAGAAUGAUGAGCAGCUUCAUGUGUUCAAAUUGGUAGCCCAUGACAUGGACACUGGUCAGAACGGGAUUAGCAAACUGAAUGACGAUGAUGGGAGUGAGUCUGACAGUGAUGAUAAUGUUUGUGUUACUAUCGGUGACAUCAGACCAGGAGCGACUCAAAGCAGUGCCCAUGGAACCACACCUGUUAAUCUCAACAUAAACACACUGAGCAGAAUAAAUGGUUCAGGCUCCAGAUCCAAAGGCGUUGACUUGGACAGUCUGGGCAGUGUGAAUGGAUUACCAGUUUUGGAUGUGGAUGUGGAGUCAUUUGAGGAAAAGCCGUGGAGGAAACCAGGUGCGGACUUGUCUGACUACUUUAAUUACGGCUUUAACGAGGACACAUGGAAGGCAUACUGUGAAAAACAGAGGAGGCUCCGUGCGAGCCUAGAGGUCAUGACCCUUGAGUCAUCCAGCAAAGUCAUGUCUGAUCACUUCUCGUCCAGUAGCCUCUACAAAUCAUCCUCCAGCUCAUCCAGGAAGUCAAACAGCGAUGUCAUCGGAGGACAGACAGGAGUCAUCAGUCGAGUGGAAGGAAGAAGACGUCACACCACUGAUGGAAACAGUAUCCAGGUGAUAUCAGAGCGUUCCUCUGAUGCUGAGUCGACCUCUAAGCUGCCUUCCUUCUUUCCCCUGAACAUUCCACCUCCUCCUUUCCCUCCUCCUCCUCCCAGUAGCUCCACUCCACCACUUAUCCCACCUCCAAGUGUGUACCCACCUGUACCAGGAGGCGUGACUUCCUGGUCUGGGAUGAUUGACAGCGCCAAAGCGUGGGAGUACUACACCCGCCGAGACAAAGAGAGGGAACGGGAGAAGGAGAGAAAGAGAACCCGAGAGAGAGGGCACGAGAAAGACAAAGAGAGAGAUAGAGAACGUGACAGAGAUAGAGAGCAUAGUCCCUCCUCUCAAACCUACAACAGUGAGGAGGAGCGUGGGCGACACAGGGACCACGGGGAAUCUGGGUGUGAGAGACAUCGAGAGCGUUCAGGGCGGCAGGGCCUGAGAGAAGACAGACACAGAGAAAGAAGACACAGAGACAGGAGUGAAGGACGGCACAAAUCUUACCGCAGUAGUAGCAGCAGAAGGAGACUUGACAGUGAGGAUGGGGAAAGCCACAGGAGACACAGACACAAACGCUCGAAGAGAAACCGGGAGAGCAGAGAACCCAGUGAAGAGCGCAGCAUUGACCAAGAGAACCAAUCAGAGGCCACAGAAUGA